AAUGUCAGGUCGGACCCGGAAAAGGCAGUUGCUGUUGUUCGGGCGGAUCCAACUUUCUCGGCGGUGCUUGGACUAGUUAGGGGCAAACGAGAGUAACGAUUGUCGGGAAAUCUGUUUGUUUAUAGAGUGAUAAACGCGGUUUGAAGUACAUUUCAGAUAAUUCCACGCUAAUAUACUCGCACUCGAAGGCAGCGACAAAGGCCACAUUUUUCCAUAUCAGUCGCCUAUGUGCGGAUAAGUGGAAUCUAUUAUUGGAACGAUACUGAUUAUAAGCGCUUUACAUAUGAUUAAAAUCGGAUUAAAAAGCUUUCCAGGAAUACCUCGAGUACCCCAAGUGCGUGUGUGCAAUGCUGGAAUGGGAUCGCGUGAAACGGCCAAAAAUUAUUGACGCCUUGAGCAAAAACGGUGUUUUAAAAAUAAUUUCAUAAAUAAACAAAUUCAAAUCAUCGAGCAUAUUAAUAUAAACAUUUUGGUGGUUCAUGUGCAAAUCGGUAACCACGAGAGACUUUCACGAGUAGUCAAUAAACAAAUGCCGCCUCGAGCCGCAGAAAGUGUGAAGCACCACCACCGCCACCCCAGCUCGACCUACGCCGCCACCGCCACCGCUACCGCCGGUGUAAUGUGAACAGUGAAUAAAAGAUUAAAAUUACACUUCGCUCAACAAGUGGAGAAAACAGUUUUUAUUUAAAAUUAGCAAGGCAUUCACGAAAAUAGCCAUAAAAAUCGGAUUAUGUUUUCAGCACAAACAUUACGGGCAGAAAUAUGCGAAAGGGUGUAAAAUAUCUAGUGGUUUGCCUAUUUCUAGUUUCUGCAAGGGAAGCGCUUCCGUUAACGGCCGGCGACUUAGAAGGGAGAGUAUUUUAUUCGCCAGACUCUACAUCCAACGUCCCGGAACUAGUGCAACAGGAAAUAGGAAGAGAUAUAAGACUUAAAUGCGGUUUGAAGGAAAACCCUAUCAAUUCUUCACUGGAAUUGCCGGUGGAGUGGUAUUUUAAGCCUUGUGGUGGCGCAUCAAGUCAGUAUUCGUGCCAGGAUACGAUCAGUGUAAAAUGGACGCAAUUAAGUUGUGACCCGGGUCUUUGCCGGCCGACGUUACAUAUUCGAAACGCCAGUGAUGAGCACUCUGGAUUGUACAAGUGUACUAUGAGGCCCUACGAUUCAAAUGACUUUAAGAAAUUACAAAUACAAUUUGUUAGGAUUUAUCAAGUGGAAGUAAAGACAAUUUUGUUACCAGAGUUCCUGGAUGGUUUAGCAAAUACUACAGCAGAGGUGGGAUCACGCGUGGUUUUACAUUGUCGUGUUCAAAGCAGGGCGCAUCUUGCCAUUAAAUGGUUCCGAAAGUUGGAUGUACCUCUGAUAGAUUUUCAUGAUCAAAGCGGAGUUGUUCAAUAUUCCAACAAAACCUACAAACUUAUAAAUACCGCUGGCGAGCGAAUCCUUAAAGAUGAUAUAUAUUUAAGUAAACUUAUUCUAGAGGACGUAACUGAGGACGACAGUGGAGUAUAUGCUUGUGUAGCAUUAAAUUAUCGUGGUCAUCGUAUAAGGGAAGUUUACGUGAAUGUUGAAUCAAUCGAGAACGACCUACAAAGCACCACAGACCCAUCGGAAUUUCUGCUCUUAUUUUUAAUGCCUGUAGGACUAGCCAUGAUACCAUUGUCGCUUUGGUUUUGCUUUGUUUUUGGCAAAAGGUACUCAAGAUAUAAACAAGAGCACACUGAGCGCAUGGAAAGGAUGAAGAAUGCAAAUAUGAAUUAUGUGAGAGUGAACUGUGAAUAAAAUACGUUGUUAAUUUAUUUUAAAUAUAAAAAAUAAGCUUUUAUAAAAUAUUA